AUGUAUGAUUUUGGUUACGAUAUAUCCGAUUUUUAUGCUAUCCAUGAUGAAUAUGGCACUAUGGAGGAUUUCGAUGCUUUACUUCAGAAAGCCAAUGAGUUAGAUAUUAAGAUAGUGCUAGAUUUGGUACCGAAUCAUACAUCGAACGAAAGUGAGUGGUUCCAAGAAGCUCUGAAUGGAAAUGAAAAAUAUUACAACUAUUUUGUUUGGGAAGACGGAGUUAUCGAUGAAAAUGGAAAUAUGCAGCCUCCAAACAAUUGGCGCAGCCAUUUCCGAGGAAGCGCUUGGGAAUAUAGGGAAGAAGUAGGCAAAUAUUACCUCCAUCAGUUUGUUGUGGGCCAACCCGAUUUGAACUACCGCAAUCCAGAUGUUAUCGACGAAAUGAAGAACGUUAUCCGUUUUUGGUUGGGCAGGGGUGUCGCCGGAUUUCGGGUCGACGCCGUCAAUUGUUUGUUUGAAGUCGAUAAAGAGCUUUAUGGUGGAAAGUACCCUGACGAGCCGCUAUCUGGUAGAGUUGACGUGGACCCAGAGUCUCACGAUUACCUUUCGCAUAUAUACACCAAAGACCAGAACGAAACCUAUUACAUGGUGUACGAGUGGAGGGACGUUUUCGAUGAAUUCAAGGCACAGGACGGCCUAGUUAGAGUAAUGAUGACUGAAGUUUAUGCUUCAGUACAAGACGUAGUAAAAUAUUUCGGAGAAGGAGAGAAACUUGGGGCUCAGAUGCCGUUUAAUUUCGAUUUAAUAUCGGAUGUAAACGCAUUUUCAUCAGCUGCUGAUAUGAAGCGGGCAGUAGAUAAAUUUCUUACUUACAAGCCAGUAGAUCAAACAGCUAACUGGGUGGGGGAAGAAAUUGGUAUGCUAGACGGGUACGUUAGUUGGGAAGAUACGGUUGAUCCCUCUGGUUGUAAUACAAAUGACCCAAUCAAUUACGUUAAAAGCUCCAGGGAUCCUGAACGAACACCAUUCCACUGGAAUGCGGAGAAAAAUGCCGGUUUUUCCACUGCUGAAAAAACAUGGUUACCAGUAGCAGAAGGUUAUGAAUCCUUAAACGUUGAAGUUCAAAAAGCAGCCGAAAGAUCUCAUCUAAAAGUUUACCAGGCGCUAGCGGAUCUCCGAAAUGAAAAAGUAUUUAGAUAUGGGCGUUACGACUCUUUGGCGUUAAACAAUGACGUUUUUGUUUUCAGAAGCGCAAUAAAACAGGAGGAUGAAAGAGAACUAGAAUGGUGGGAGAAGACGAUUUUCUAUCAAAUAUAUCCCCGCUCCUUUUCCGAUAGCAACGGUGAUGGUAUCGGUGAUUUAAAUGGUAUUACAUCUAAGCUGGAAUACGUGAAGGAAAUCGGGGUCGGAGCAAUAUGGCUCUCGCCAAUAUUCCAAUCGCCAAUGUAUGAUUUUGGUUACGACAUAUCUGAUUUUUAUGCUAUACACGAUGAAUACGGCACUAUGGAGGAUUUUGAUGCUUUACUUCAGAAAGCCAAUGAGUUAGAUCUUAAAGUAGUGCUAGAUCUGGUACCAAAUCAUUCAUCAAACGAAAGUCAGUGGUUCCAAGAAGCUUUGAAAGGCAAUGAAAAAUAUUACAACUAUUUUGUUUGGGAAGACGGAGUUAUAGAUGCAAAUGGAAACAUGCAGCCUCCAAACAAUUGGCGCAGCCAAUUCCGAGGAAGUGCUUGGGAAUACAGAAAAGAAGUAGGCAAAUAUUACCUCCAUCAGUUUGUUGUGGGCCAACCAGAUUUGAACUACCGCAAUCCAGAUGUUGUCGAUGAAAUGAAGAACAUUAUCCGUUUUUGGUUGGACAAAGGUGUCGCUGGAUUUCGUGUUGACGCAGUAAACUGUUUGUUUGAGGUCGAUAAAGAGCUUUAUGGUGGAAAGUACCCAGAUGAGCCGCUAUCAGGCAGGGUUGACGUAGACCUGGAGUCAUACGAUUACCUUUCACAUAUUUACACAAAAGACCGAAAUGAAACCUACUACAUGGUAUACGAGUGGAGGGACGUUUUAGAUGAAUUCAAGGCACAGGAUGGCCUAGUUAGAGUAAUGAUGACCGAAGUUUAUGCCACAGUACAAGAUGUAGUUAAAUACUUUGGCCAAGGUGGGAGGCUUGGCGCCCAGAUGCCGUUCAACUUCAAUUUAAUUACAGAUGUAGACGCAUCUUCGUCAGCUGCUGACAUGAAGCGAGCCGUAGAUAAAUUUCUUACUUACAAGCCAGUAGAUAAAAGAGCUAACUGGGUGGUGGGUAAUCACGAUAAUAGUCGCAUGGCAACCCGAUAUGGAUCGUCUUUGGUUGAUGGUAUAAACAUGAUCACGUUAUUGCUACCGGGAGUUUCUGUAACGUACAUGGGUGAGGAAAUUGGCAUGGUAGAUGGUUUCGUUAGUUGGGAAGAUACAGUUGAUCCCUCUGGAUGUAAUACAAAUGACCCAAUUAAUUACGCCAAAAGCUCCAGGGAUCCCCAACGAACACCAUUCCACUGGAAUGCGGAGAAAAAUGCCGGUUUUUCCACUGCUGAAAAAACAUGGUUACCAGUAGCAGAAGGUUAUGAAUCCCUAAACGUUGAAUUUCAAAAAACAGCCGAAAGAUCUCAUCUAAAAGUUUACGAGGCGUUAGCGGAUCUCCGAAAUGAAAAAGUAUUUAGAUAUGGGCGUUACGACUCUUUGGCCUUAAAUAAUGACAUUUUUGUUUUCAGAAGAUGGUACAAGGGUGAGACUUAUUUGGUUUUAGUUAAUAUGAGAGACAUCGAACAUGUGGUUGACCUGACCUACUUCGAAAACGUUUAUGGAGAUGUAACUGUUGUCAUAAGUAGUAUUCACUCACCAAAAGAUGAAGGGGAUACGUUUGACGCGUCCGCUUUGCCAGUGGCUGGAUUUGAGAGCAUCGUUCUCAAGUUGGGC